CAGAAAGCAGAUCAGAUUUGCCCAAAAAGUCAUGAUAAAAUACAAAUAAAUUCAUAUUUACUCAAGUUUUUCAGCCGCUCUUUCCUUUAAACAAUGGCCUCUGAGUUGAGAUCAUUUGAGGAGAAGAAAUAUGCAAUCCUGUCGAAGGAAUCUAUUAAAAUGAUGGCAGAAGAAGCUGGCCACAAUGAAAUUCCAGAUGAAGUAGCAGCUAUUCUGGCUGAAGAUGUUGCCUAUCGCCUGAGAGAAGCUACCCAUAGUAGCUGUCAGUACAUGAGACAUGCUAAACGAAAGAAAUUAACAGCGGACGACUUCAACAAGGCACUUAGACACAGUGAUGUCGAGCCAGUGUUCGGUCAGAGUUCUGGGGAGCCUGUGAAUCUCUUGUGCACCAGAGAGCUAGAUAUAUUCUUCCCUGAGGACCCUGAGAUCUCACUGAUAGAAGCUGCUGAUGAUGAUGUACCUGUGUGUCACCCAGGACAGACGUCUGUCAAGGGCCAUUGGCUGGCUGUUGAAGGUACCCAGAAAGGUGUCCCUGUGUCACAGAAUGGACAGGGUAAAACCAAUGGGAAAGUUACUAAGCUAAUAUCGGAGGACCUGCUUGUUUACUAUGACAACAUGACAAAGGCAAUACUCAGUAAUGAAGAGGAGUUGAUGAAGGUUGCUUUGGCAGAUCUCCGUACCAAUGCUAAGAUAGUGCCACUACUUCCAUACUUUGUCAACUUUGUGUCAUAUGGGGUGAAAAAAGUGAGCCAUGAUAUUACACAGCUGACCAAACUACUGCAUACCAUAAAGGCACUGACAAGUAAUACAUCAUUGUACUUGGAACCAAAACCAUAUUUGAACAUGCUUGUGCAGGGUGUGAUGUAUUGUGUGACAGAACCUCUAGCAGCGUCAAUCAACCCUUUGAAUGAUCACUGGAGACUUCGUGACUAUGCUGCUCGACUUCUUGCGCAGAUCACCAGGCAGUGGAACAGCCCCCUCAAUCAACUUCUCUACAAGAACACACAGGAAUUGAGGGACAUCCUCAAUGAUGGUACUAGGCCAUUGUCAUCACAUUAUGGUGCCAUUGUUGGGCUUGUGGCUCUUGGCCACGAGGCCAUUGAAAGAAUUUUGUUCCCGCACCUGCAAAUCUAUGUGCCUCACCUUCUGUCCCUAAUGAAGGAUACAUCUUAUGCAAAUGCCCUGGUCAACACAGAUGCUCAUAGAGUUUAUUCAGCAAUUCUGCUGGCUUCCGAAUCUGUUCUCAGGAGAGAACUUCUAAAGUUCCAGUUGCAAGAAACCACAUUCAAUGGCACUGUUGAUGAGAUAAGCUUUGUACCAAAUGUUGGAAAUGUGUAUGGCGAUGUUGAGAUGAGGUCAGAGUUGGCAGACUUAGCGGACAAAACGCCUAGUGAUGAACAAAGUGAAAAAGAAAAGAAGCAGAAAAAGGAUAAGGCCACAAGUUAUUUCGAAAUGUAUAAGAAUCUGGUGGAAGUUUUUGGUGAUGAACUGUCAUCAAGGUUGCCACCGAUUGUGCUCAAAUCUCGGAGUUGUCCGCGGAAGGAGGUGCCUUCAGUGCAGCUAUACGACACAGAGAAUCAAAGAAGUGGUGAAGAUCUUUUGGCGGAGUUUCUCGAUGUGACGGAUGUAGCUGAUGUUGCAAAGAGUGAUGAGACAACCUACGAAUCGAAAAGUGACAGGAGUUAUCAUAGUCCAUAUGAUGUGGAUGUUGAUGUGGAUAGUCGGUCUUACCGAUCUGAUCAUUCCUAUCGUUCUGAUCGUUCAGAUGAUCUGUCAUUUUUGGACGAUUCUUCGGUUGAUUUGACUGUAAAAAGUACAGUCAAUGACCCGAGACUCGGUAUAAAGUUGACAAUAACAAAAAGACCAAAACAAGCCAUGCCAAGUAAGGAUAAACUGUCUGAUAGAUCGAAAUCAGAAUCAAAACAUGGACGAAAAAAGAAACUGCCAAAAUUGAAAAUGAUAGACUUUUUCGAAAAGUGUCCACUUCGAAAGGAACAGGAGAAAAGGUUUACUUUCCAUGUGCCAGGUAUUUUACCGAUCAGAUCAACUCCUAGACCACGACAGUUUAGUAUUGAGUCGGAUUAUACCUGGUACACUGGCAGUGGUGCAGGACAGUUCAGAAAACUCACUCUCAAGCAUCCUAACUUUUGGAAGAGGAAAGUUUUGUUUCCUAAAACCAGAGACUUGAAGAAAGUGUCAAAAUCUGGAAAUAUAGUUUCCAUGCUUUGAAAAAGGAACAUUGCUGGUGCAUUGCUUUAGACUGGGAACAUCGCUAGUGGAAAGGCUUUAACUUGUCAGUGUUAUCAUGCCCUGAAUCCUCUAAAGAAAGCUUGUCUUGUGCAACUGUCAGCCUGUAUCUAUGUCAUGCUACAUUUAGUUAUCGAUGUGGUCAGUUGGCCAUCUUUGAUUUAUAAAAAUCUUUGUUAUCAAUCGAAUAGAUUAUGUGUUAUUCUUUAAAUGAAUUCUUCAGAUGUCUCAACCUCUAAUUGUUAGAUGAUGUCACACCAGCUUGACUAAUAGUUAACACUCUGUUGAAAAAUGUGUCUGAACCCUGUCCAAGCAGAUGCGGACAAUGUCACAACCAUCUACGUUGUCCCAUCAAUGGGUGAAAAUUCCUGGUAGAUCAGACUCCUAAGCCUGGUAAGGCAACUGAUCUUGGGGAAAGAC